GAACUCACACAGUCACUGACACUGAGAGGAGAAAUGGCGCAGAAAGGAGUUCAGCUGGACCGAGAAACCUUCUCUUGUUCCAUCUGUUUGGAUCUACUGAAGGAUCCGGUGACUACAGCCUGUGGACACAGCUACUGCAGGAACUGUAUUAAAAGUUUCUGGGAUGAAGAGGACAGGAAGGGAAUCCACAGCUGCCCUCAGUGCAGGAAGACUUUCACACCGAGGCCUGUCCUGGAGAAAAACACCAUGUUAGCAGCUUUAGUGGAGCAGCUGAAGAAGACUGGACUCCAAGCUGCUCCAGCUGAUCACUGCUAUGCUGGACCUGAAGAUGUGGCCUGUGAUUUCUGCACUGAGAGGAAACUGAAAGCCAUCAAGUCCUGUUUAGUCUGUCUGGCCUCUUACUGUGAGAAACACCUCCAACCUCACUAUGAUGCAGCUCCAUUAAAGAAACACAAGCUGGUGGCCCCCUCCAAGAAGCUCCAGGAGAACAUCUGCUCUCGUCAUGAUGAGGUGAUGAAGAUUUUCUGUCGUACUGAUCAGCAGAGUAUCUGUUAUCUCUGCACAGUGGAUGAGCAUAAAGGCCAUGAAACAGUCCCAGCUGCAGCAGAAAGGACUGAGAAGCAGAAGGAGCUCGAGGUGAGACGACUAAACAUCCAGCAGAGAAUCCAGGAGCGAGAGAAAGAUGUGAAGCUGCUUCAACAGGAGGUGGAGGCCAUCAAUGGCUCUGCUGAUAAAGCAGUGGAGGACAGUGAGAAGAUGUUCACUGAGCUGAUCCGUCUCAUCCAGAAAAGAAGCUCUGAUGUGAAGCAGCAGGUCAGAUCCCAGCAGGAAACUGAAGUGAGUCGAGUCAAAGAGCUUCAGGAGAAGCUGGAGCAGGAGAUCGCUGAGCUGAAGAGGAAAGACGGCGAGCUGGAGCAGCUCUCACACACAGAGGAUCACAACCAGUUUCUACACAACUACCCCUCACUGUCAGCACUCAGUGAGUCUACACACUCAUCCAGCAUCAAUAUUCGUCCUCUGAGGUACUUUGAGGAUGUGACAGCAGCUGUGUCAGAGACCAAAGAUAUACUACAGGACAUUCUGAGAGAGGAAUGGACAAACAUCUCACUGACAGUCACUGAAGAGGAUGUUUUACUGUCACCACCAGAGCCAAAGACCAGAGCUGGAUUCUUAAAAUAUUCGCAUGAAAUCACACUGGAUCCAAACACAGCAAACACACAUCUGUUAUUAUCUGAGGGGAACAGAAAAGUAACAUUAAUGAAACAAAAAUGGUCUUAUUCUGCUCAUCCAGACAGAUUCACUGGAUGUUAUCAGGUCCUGAGUAGAGAGAGUCUGACUGGACGUUGUUACUGGGAGGUGGAGUGGAGAGGGGGAGGAGUUUGUAUAGCAGUUGCCUACAAGAAUAUCAGCAGAGCAGGGGGUGGCGAUGAAUGUUUUUUUGGAUAUAAUGACAAAUCUUGGGCAUUAUAUUGUGACACAAACAGUUUUCAAUUUUUUCACAACAAAGUCCAAACUGUCCUCUCAGGUCCUCGGUCCUCCAGAGUAGGAGUGUACCUGGAUCACAGAGCAGGUAUUCUGUCUUUCUACAGCGUCUCUGAAACCAUGACUCUCCUCCACAGAGUCCAGACCACAUUCACUCAGCCGCUCUAUGCUGGACUUUGUCUUUGGGAUGAUGGAGACACUGCAGAGUUUAUUAGAUAAUCAUGUGAGUUUAAAUGAUACUACUCUUCAUAUUCAGCAUGUUUGAAAUCUGUCAUCAGUCUGGUUAGUGGUUUUAUUCUGUAGUUGCUGUAGUGGGUUGUCAAAUGCAACAAUAUAUUGGAGCUGCAGUGAUUCAUCAGUUAGUCAAUGAUUAGAGAAUUGAUUGUUUUAUCAUUAUUUUAGUCACAUUUAAAGCUGGUUCCAGUUUCUGAAAUGUGAAGAUUUUCUUCUUCAUAUAGGAACGCAAAUGUAAUGUGUUUGAGGCUUGAACUUUUAAAUUGGAACAAAAGUUGAAUCCUUGAGGUUUUUGAUAUUAUAUUGUUAUUAUUGUAUUUAGAGUGAUGCCAAGUAAUGUCAUUUUUCAGAUGUAAAGUUUGAUCACACUCGAUCAUUUAUACAUUAAAAUACAGACACUAAAUAACACAGGCCUGUAUAUUGUGGAGGAUAGACAUGUUUCUUUGCCCUGAGCUGUGUCUGGCAGGCAGAGCGUCUCCACAAAUCUGAUGCUUCUGAUUUGGAGAAAAUGAGCUGAGGGAGACACCUGGUGGACAAACACAGACAUGACAGGAAGAAAGACUAAAGUGCAGAGUGGAGACAAACAGCUGGAAAUGCUUGUUGGAAAGGAUAGUCAUGCUUCAGAAAAACACACAGCACACACUCUAACAGUCCUUUAUUUGCACUGAAGGAGACACGUGAAGAAACUAAAUCACACAAUAAUGAAGUUAAAACAUUUAUAGCCAGUGUUGAAGAUGAUGGAUAGAAAUGAAAAUCAUGGAGCAUUUAUGCAUUUUUAGGUCUGUGUCUUACAGCAGAAGCAGCAUUUACAUGAACUCACUGGCCUUUUUCUACUGAACAAAAAUCUCUAAUAAAGUGGGAACGA